AUGACAAUGACUAUCGCAGUUCUCGAAGAGGUCACAACAACAGCCACACUCCCUGAAUGGACGAAAGUGGCCAGGAGGAAACAGGAUCAACGCUCAAAGGCCAUCGCAGCGGCUGCAAAGUUGUCCAUCGGCAAAUCCUUUCCAAGCCUGCCGCCAAGUUUUGUUGACAAUGUCAGAGGAUGGCCCAGGAUAUCUGGCGACCUCACACCGCGACAAGGUCAGAUCACAGACUCGAUCCCUAGCCGCCUGAUCCGGAAUCUCUCUUCGGGGCAAUGGUCUGCAGAAGAGGUACUUCUGGCGUUUGCUGCGCGCGCUGUCAUGGCGCACCACCUCACGAACCCAAUCUCGGAUAUGUUUCUGUUGGAAGGCCUGCAGAGGGCUAGGGAACUCGAUGACUACUUGCGUCGUACGGGACAGCCUAUCGGCCCUCUGCAUGGCCUGCCUAUUAGCCUCAAGGACGUCAUCAACAUCCAAGGGCAUGCGACCACUAUAGGCUAUAUUGCGCUAGCAGACAACAUCAAAGACGACUCGGACGAGCUUGUCAAGCGGCUUACGGCCGCCGGGGCUGUCUUUUAUUGCAAAACAAACGUGCCCCAGUCUCUCAUGUCAGGCGAAUGCGUCAACUUCCUUUAUGGUCGGACUUCAACACCAGACAACCUCAAUCUAUCAGCAGGGGGCUCUAGCGGCGGAGAGGGCUCGCUUAUUGCCCUCGGGGGCAGCCCUCUGGGUAUUGGCACGGAUAUUGCUGGCUCGAUACGCACUCCAGCCAACUUCAAUGGCAUCUACGGUCUAUGCCCGUCGCACGGCCGUCUUCCUCUGCACUCGGCCAAGUACACCAGCCCUUCCUACCUGAUCAAUGGCGUUGCUGGACCUCUCUGCCGCUCCAUUGAUGGCCUGGAAGUUUACACCCGGACGGUUCUCUCACUAAACCCAUGGGAUUGGGACUCUUUCUGCGUCCCCAUGCCAUGGAAUCAGAUGCUUUACGACUCUUUUAUCAGACAAGCCACGUCGAAGGAGCUCAGCUUCGGAUUUGUUGCCCACGACGGGGUUGUCCUCCCACACCCCCCAAUACAGCGGUGCAUUCAACAAGUCAAAACCGCUCUGAUGGACUCGGGGUUCGAUGUCAUUGACUUGGAGCUGUUUGACGGCACUGAGAGAAUGUGGGAAACGGCCCAGGACAUCUUCUCAGCCGCUGGCUCGAAGCCGUUGAUGGACAUUGUGACAAUCCUUUCUGAGCCAAUGAUCGAAGAAAUGGGCUUGUCGAUGCCGCAAGAGGCCUUGACGGCCCCCGAAUUGCUGGAACGGGGCAAAACAGUCUUCAGCUUGCGCCAAGAACUCCUCGAUAGGUGGCGCCAGACCAGCACCCGCACCAGGAGCGGGAAGCCUGUAGAUGUCUUUAUCCUCCCGUCAGGUGGCCAUGUCGCUCCGCCACAUGGGUCCAUGGAGUAUUUCUUGUACGAAGCCAUUUCAAAUAUUCUUGACUGGACCUGCGCAACGAUCCCAGUGGGCCGAGUCGAUCCUGCGAUGGAUCCUGCCACGGCUCCAGCCAGGGAUAUCCCGUUCUUGUCGUCGUGGGAUCGCAGAAACUGGGAGAAAUAUUCUCUGAGCUCUUGCGAGAACGGGGCUGUUUGCCUCCAGGUUCUGGGCCAACGAUUGACGGAAGAAAAAGUCCUUGCAUGUUUGAGGGCAGUUGAUUCGGCACUUGGGAGGGGAGUAGAUUACAUGGUGUAG